AUGGAGCAGGGACACAUAACUUUGGAAAGGGGUGUGAGCUGUCCUGGGCGACUGCGAGAGCCUCUUCAGCCCAAGCAGGACGUCCCGGACCCCGACUGCACAGAUGCAUCAUGGGAACAGACAUCUGAAUUCAACAAAGACCAGAUGAGCCGGAAAACAAAUUUGAGCCGCAGCACAAGCUUGUCGGAGAAAGAGCUGAAAGAGGCUCGUGUCAGAAGUCAAAUCAUCGCUGCUCAACUAACUGUCCCCUCCAACUCCAGCUCGAGAGGUGUCCAACUCUUCAACCGACGAAGGCAAAGAGUGAACGCAUUUACUCAGGAGAGUGGGCGCGGGUCAGGGUCACGCGAGGAUAAUGUGACACCCAAAAUCACUUCUAACAAGCCUACAUGGGCCGAGAGAAGCAGUGAGGAGAAGAAUUUGAACUUGAAGAAUAGCUCCAGUAUCUUUUUAUCAACCGCGAUGUCAAAUAGUGAUAUCAUGGAGGAGUCAGGUAAGGAUUUCCAGAAAGCAGAUGCCUCGGAGGAGUGUGUUAUCCAAGAGAGACAUUUUCUACCUGUCAAGGACCCAGCAGAAGAAGAAGAUAAAAUCCACUCGGAGCUAGAGGAUAUAGUUAAGGCCGAAACUCCCCUUGGAAGUAAUAAUGCUGAUCCGGUUGUGAUAGGCUGUGUCGAGGGGGAAGCAGAGAUGAAUGAGGGCACCGCUACUUGGUCAGUUCCCGCUGGUAAACUUCCUAAUGGCUGCCACAGUAGCUCAGGGCCCGAGAGCCAGCCAAUGUCCACAAGCAAGCAGAUCAUCAAUCGUACCGCCAGGCCGUUUUUCUCGCCCCCAACCGUGCAGUCUCCGGAGGCGGUUAGCCCUGUCAUGGACAUCCCACCUGCCCCAUCCUACUCUACCCCUCCCCUACCUGCAUACUCUGGGUCUUUCUCCCCUCCUCCGCCCGCUCCGUCCUACCCAACACCACCAUUACCAGCAUUCACAAACCAACCUCCUCAUCCCUACUACUCCAGCCCUCCGCCAAUGUCUCCCACUUCACCUCCACCACAUUUUCAACAAUACAAUCCUUCACCGCAUCAUUUUGGUCCCCCGACAGCCCCUAAACCGUCAACCUUCAUACCACAGUCCACAGCAGAGAGGAAAACGCCAAUACAAAUCAAGACAGGGAUCUUAGAAGAGGGAGCUGCAAGAAGGGCUAACAGAAAAGCGAUGUUCACUUUUAAGGAGAAGCCAAUUGUAGCGCCAAAUCCAGAGUUGCUUUCAAUGGUCAGAGGUGUAGAUGCAAAAAAGAAGCUGACCAAAUCUAUACCUGAACCAUCGACGGAGGAAGAGCUGAUGGCUUUAGGUGCGGAGGCCUCAAAUUUUCUUGCAAAGGAAGAGGUUAAAGAAGAGGAAGCCAAAGCGCCUGAGUGGGCAUCUAGUUUAAAAACAUCAAGGACAAGACCAAGCAGAGUAGAGCAAAGACCAGAGCAGACACUCACUAAUGUGGCGGGGAAGGGGGCUGAGCUAUUUGCCAAGCGUCAGUCAAGGAUGGAGAAAUAUGUCGUAGAGAAUCAAAGACCAGGGCAGAGGCGAUCUCCUUCCCCUACAAUGUCCUUGCCUCCAUCUUGGGUCUACCCAUCUAACAUGCCAGGAAGGGUCAAAGCCAUUGCUAAGAACUCUGAAAUGUCUGCUCAGCUUUCCCAAAACCUAAUAGUCCAACAAGCUGCCAAGCAAAAGCCAAAGCCAAAGGUGCCAAUACCACAGCAAGCACCACAGCCUGCUCCUCCACCUGCCCCUAUUGAGAACGGAUGCUCCAAAAUAGAAAUGGACUUGUCAAGACAUAGGCCAUACCAACUUGACUCCUCUCUCUUUAUCCUCAAACCAGUGCAAGCUGACCCUAUGAGCACCCUACCCAGAGGAGCACCACAAGCAAAAACCGUCAUGCGUUCCCAAUCUCUUCCUAGACAGACUGUCAUGCCCAGCAAUCCACUUUCUCAGUACAGAAGUCAGUGCAUGUCUCCCCCAAUGGCAAUGAGUCCCACUACAGGAUUCCCAGAUGGUCAGCAGAGAAUCAGCUCUCCGGCUUUCUCCCCAGAGCGGGUGACUUCACCCCGUUCGGUCGUCCAGGCACCGAGACCCACUUUCUCUGCUAAGAAAGCAGGUCUAGAAGGACAGCCACUCAAAGAGUCUUCUCUGAAUAUCCCUUCAAAAGAGUCUCCAACAGUCACCACAGGUCCCAGCCUGACGCGGCGCUUCAGCAGCCCUGCAGACCCCUCCUCGGUUGUCUGGGGUCCAGCCCGGUCCUCUGUCAUCUCGCCUGUGUCCACUCCCCGAGGCAGCAGGUGUCAGUCCCCUCUGGAGACUCACAGACCAGCACAAACUCCUACAGGCCCCUCUCCCUGGGGGUCCAGAUGUCAGUCCCCAUCAAAUACACAGGGUCCCACCGGUCCCCCCUUCAGACCCUCUCAAACACCCACAUCUCCCUCUCCUCCCCCGUGGGGUUCAAAGUGCCAGUCUCCCAUGAUGACCCAAACACAAACAUCCACGGGCCGGUCAGCUUUCACAUCACGACCUUCACAAACAGCCACAUCACCGGUGUCACCUCCAUGGGCAACCAGGUGCAAGUCCCCAGUGGGCAGUCACAACCCUUCUGCCACUCUAUCAGUUUCCAAACCAGCCCACAGCUCUCCUGUGUCUCCUCCUUGGGGCUCGAGGAGUCAGUCCCCUUUGAUAAACCACACAGUGUCCACAUCCAGGCCGUUUAACACUACAGCCCCCUCUCCCGUUUCUCCCUGGGGCUCCCGCUGCCAGUCUCCAGCCCACUCUCAGAGCAGCCUGUCUUUCUCCAGACCUCUGCACAGAUCUGCUGCCUCCUCCCCGGUCCCCAUGCCUAAGGACAGCCGCUGCAUGUCCCCCACUGUCAGCAAUAUGGACUCAAAAGCCAACCACCGCCUCUUGGCCAAGAACAUUAUCAAUGCAGCCAAGAGGAAGAACAGUGUUUCUCCUGGAGCACUCAGUGGGCACAGUCUGCCCAUCUCACCUGUGGGCACCUCCCAUCAUGACUCUCACAAACCUCCCAUCAGUCCUUUCCACAGCCGCUCCCUGGGAGCACAGUCACCCACCUUCACCAGCCCCCCUCCCACCCCCACACAGGUGUGCUCCCCCGUGCGCCUGUAUAACACACGCUCACUCACAGACUCGGAUGCCUCAGUGGAGUCUGAGGACUCUGGGCUGCGCUCGCCUGGUCUCUACUACAACUCCCUGCCCCGUGGCUGGGGGGGCAGUCUGAGGGUGAAGAGAUCUACUGUGUCCACUGACCUGUGAGACUUCUGUAUAAACUGUACUCUGCUUUCAUCCAAACGCUGAUGACAAGAACAAGCUGAUGAUGUAAUGAUGCUGUGGCUUGUAUGCUUAAACCAAAGACAUUUUAAUUGUCAAACUUUCAUACCAAUGCUGCUUUAACAAACCCCACCGUGCUUGUACAUUUUGUCAAAUGUUGGUAACUUACAUGACUAAUGACAUAUUAAUUGGACGAAAGCUAAAAGUAAUCUAUAUUGGAUGACAGUGAUGCUAAGGAAACUGUAUAUACUCAUGGGACUGUUAUCAACAAUAUUCUUUAAAAUAUCAAGAUCAACACAUUCCAUUUAGCAAAGCAUUGGUAUAAUGAUCUAUGCAAUACUCAUCAAAUACAGUGUGUGCUUUAUGUUUUGUCAUUUACUCAGUGAAUGUAAGUUUGAUGGACUGAUGACAGAGGACAUGGAGAGGGAAGUGACCUACCAAUUAGUAAUAGCACAUUGCUAAUGCAUUUUACAGGAACAAGUAAUACUUGUAAAAAGGCAUAUUGAUUGUAAUGUUGAUAUUGGACAAUGAAGUUGUGCUGUAUGUGUUUGCUGUACUGAUAAGUUUGUCAUUUGGAAAAGUAUGUACUAGAUUUAAAAGUAUGUUCAUGUUUAGAGGAACAGAAGGUACUAACUGUAAUAGUGUGAGAGAUUCAAGGCUGCAAUGAAUGUUGAAAGAUGUGAAUAUUAUGUUGUUUUGCAGAAAGACUCAAAAGAGUGAAAUGUGCUGUAUUCAAAAUACAGACUUCACUGUCCUGUCUUUUACAGUUUGCACAUUUGUUUGUGCCAUAACGUGGCUUUAAAAAAAAGCAAUAAAAGUCUUUGUGUAUAUGUUUGUAUGUGGUUUGAACAGUAUAGAUUUCUGUCAUAGGACAAGUGUAGACACACAUGUUUCUUUGUGCUGAGUGACAGGCACACCUGCUGCUGUGCUGCUCCUUCAGGAUCAACCUAUCGCUCUCAUGGAUUGGUUACAUCCCGGUUUCCUUUGCACAAAGUGCUGAGGAAGUGCUCUGCCUGUGUCUCAUGUGCACUCAAAACAUAACA